AUGGAACACCAUUUGUUGUUGAAUUAUUUCUUUCUCUCUCCCUCUCUCUAUCUCGCUCUCUCUCUCUCUAUCUAUCUAUCUAUCUAUCUAUCUAUCUAUCUAUCUAUCUUUCUUACGCUUUUCAUUUUCUCAUUUUAUGACAUUCUCUUUCACUUCUUUCUUUCGAUUAUUCUCUCUCUCUCUCUCUCUCUCUCUCUCUCUCUCUCUCUAUCUAUCUAUCUAUCUAUCUAUUUGAAAAAAAGGUUUCGAUCUAUCUGCAGAGGCAGAAGAAAUAACGAUUGUGCAUCAUCUCAAUUACUUCAAUUGCAUAUAGGAGGAUACGUACAUGCAUUCCACACAUACCGUAGUGACAUCAGUUCGAACGCAGCGUACGUGCGACUUGGCGACUUCUUCGCUUUCUUCCUAAUGGUAUUCUGUACCCGUCAACUAUCUGUGCAAAUUGUCAAUCGUAGUCUCUUUCUCUUUAUCUCUUUAUCUCUCUCUCUCUCUCUCUCUAAUUCAUUUUCCCGCUGGUCUGAAUUUCGAAAAUCCAUUCAAGAAGACAAGAGCGAAGAAGGAAUUCAAACAUCAUUUCUCUUUGUUUAUCUGUUUGAUUCUCUCUCUUUUUCUCUCUCUCUCGCUCUCUCUCUCUCUCUCUCUCUCUUUCUCUCUAUCCAAAAAUACAUCUGUCCUUGUGUUUCUCUUUUCACUCCCUCUUUCUUUUUCUUACUCCCUUUCUCAUUCUCUUUCACUUCUUUACAGCUCUUCCUCUUUUCUCUCUUUCUAUCUAUCCUUAUCUUUCCGAUACACUGUUUUCCAUUGCUCUUUCUUUCUUUUUCGCACUCACUAAAUAUCUCUCUUAUUUUCCAUCCCUCUCACUCUGUCGGUAAACUUCUCACAGUCUCAUUCUUCUGUUUUCUCAUUUUCUGUUUCUUUCUCUCUUUCUCCCUUUUCCCCUUUUUCUCAUUUUCCUCUCUUUGUCUCUCUAAUCUCUCUCUCUCUCCUAUUAACUCUUUUUGCAUUCGCUCUUUCUCUUUUCAUAUAUCGAUGGUUUAUCUUUACACCUCUUUUUCUUCGUCACUUUCUCUUUCUUUCUCUCUCUCUCUCUCUCUAUCUCUUUCGCCUCGUGGGGAUCGGAUAAUACAAAAAAUCGCAAAAUUCAAAAUUUAUUUAUCGUCCCUGAUUCUCUCUCUCUCUCUCUCUCUCUCUCUCUCUCUCUGUAUUUUUUCGAUUGAAUUUUUAAUCUCUUGUACUUUAUGUGCUUCUCUGCCAAACCACUUUUAUCUUUUUUUAUUAUCGUCUGCUUCUUUCAGCUUCUUUUUUUCCUUUUUCAAGCAAUCUCUUCAGUUUCCAAAAAAAACAUUUGAAUAUUUUCAUUUCUGUUUUCUUACUUUCUCUUUUAAAAUAGUUCCCUGUUCUAAUCUAUUGUUUCUUUCCUUUUCUUCGAAAACUUCUAUUUUUUUCUUUCGCAUCCCCACUCUUUAUAAAUCACUUCUAUCUUCCUCUUUUUCUAUUCGUCUUUUAAUCUUGUUAGUUCUCUCUCCUUCUUUUACUUUAUCUAUCUCUCUUUCUCUUUCAAUCUCCUUUUCCCUCUUUCUUCGUCGAUUGCUAUCUCGCUCUUUUUCUUCUUGCAUUCUCAAACACCCACUUAUAUCUUUCUAA